AUGACCGACCAGGGCAGAAUGACAUUAGAUAAUACUAGCAUGGAGCGGUUCUUCCACUAUACCAGCGGGCGAUGGCUUUGGGACGAAGAACAGCAGCUUCGAGACAGGUAUAAGGCUUUCGACGUUUCCCAGCUUCAAACAUUGACAGCGCACGCUGUAGGUUCCGGGAGCUGCGAGUCGAUCUCGAAGCUAGCAGAAGGGGGCUUCAAUAAGGUAUUCCGCCUCAAAAUGAAUGAUGGGAAAUCAGUCCUCGCACGUAUCCCUAAUCUCAAUGCUGGUCCUGCCUUCUACGCGACUGCCUCGGAAGUUGCGACUAUGGAAUUUAUACCCGUCCCUCGAAUUAUCGGGUGGAGUGCUACCUCCAAUAACCCCGUCGGAUCAGAAUAUAUCUUCAUGGAAGAAGCCACUGGGAUACAGUUAGCGACUCAAUGGGAUGACUUGGAUCCAGAAGCAAAACUUGCUAUCAUGAGAGAGGUUGUUGCCAUCGAAACGAAGAUGCUAUCAGUAUCUUUUUCACACUACGGCAGCAUCUACUUCGCAAGUGACGCGAUAGAUGGCGCGGUACCAGCUCAGAUCACGAGUGUGGUCUCCAAUGAUAUAAAAGAGCAGGUCUCUAAGAAAUUCACCAUUGGCCCCACUGUUCAAAGGGAUUUCUGGAAAAAGGAACGCUCUACCAUGAACAUAUCGCGAGGUCCUUGGUCAAGUCCUACAGAGUAUGCAUCGAAUGUUGGCUGGCGCGAAGUCGAGCGGAUAAAAAAGUACGCUAUUUCGAAGACCCCUGAUGACAUUAUGAUGGUCUCUCUCGCACAAAAUAAUCCGCAGGCACAUCUGAAGCUGCUGGAGAAAUAUUUGAGCAUUGUGCCCUGCCUUAUCGAUAUUGAUCCUGCCCUAAAUCGCUCCACGCUAUGGCAUAGUGACCUCCACUCCUCGAAUAUUUUCGUUGAAAACCAUCGUAUCACAGCCGUUAUUGAUUGGCAAAGCUCGUGGACUGGGCCGCUGUUUCUUCAAGCACAACCAUCUCCGCUUGUUGAUUAUCAAGGCGGUAUUCUACUCAAUCGUCCAGAUAAUUUUGACGAUCUUGAUACUGAGCAGCAAGUCCAAAUUAAGCGACAGAUUUUCAAAUCGACACUUUUCCAGCUUUAUUUGAUGGAAACAGAGAAACAGAACUCUUUGCUUGCCAAAGCAUUUCAUUUAGACCAUGGAAAGACAAGGUGCCUUGCGGUCGAGCUGGCCGGAAAUACUUGGGACGAUGAAAUUGUUUCCUUCCGGGAGUCUUUGAUCCAAAUUGAAAGACAUUGGCAAGAGCUAACCACCCGAGGCGAUUGCCCGUAUCAUUUCACCGAGGAAGAACUGAGAAGCCAUAUGGUAGACGCAGAGGGCUGGAACGAAGUCCAAGACUUUUUUGAUAGUAUUGAUGGGCUUGUGAAAAGGGACGGCUGGACCCAUCACGAAACGUUUGAGGCUGCCUCUAAUUUUUUUGCCGACCUCCGGAAACUGGGCCUCAAGCGCAUGAAAGGAAAGGAGAGAGAUCUUCGACCAACAGACUAG